AUGCCUUCAGAGCACAAGUCUUGGUUCUGGGCGUCCGCAGGCGUCCUCGGCCAGCAAGCCAUGGACUGGGGGAAGUGGCCCGCAUCAGUCACCCCAAUGGUGUUGCACAAGCAGAGCACCCUGGACAUGUUGAGCAUGCUCGGCGAGUCCCCAGACUUCUACACCGCCUGCUCCGGAGGUCUGUGCGACAGGUUUCGCCAAAAGGCCACCGAGUUCACGUUGUACUUGGUGUACGCGGCGCGGAUCGCGAGUUUCGAUUGCAUUCACGCCAUCGAGGAGCGCCCAUGGGGAAACGAGAUUGCAGCGUCCAUCUGGCGCAACGGCGGCGAAGGUGCAUCCGAGCAGGUCAGGGCCAUCGCCGAACACUCCGACCUCAACGGCCGCCCAUUAUUUUUCGGCUCGCAGGCAGGUGCGCUGGACGGCUUUCAAGGCACGGCGCGCUUCGACAUUUUGCAGAACUUGUUCGCUAUCUACGAAAACGCAAGUCUGUACGAGUGGGCAUCCUGGGACGACAUGGCAGACUGCGUUAUCGGCCAGUUCGACCAGUAG